UUUACUUUAUUCCACCAGGAGGUAUCGGAGGGUAACAAGGGCUCUCCUAAUGAAUUUGGGGAUCAAACACUAACAGAAAACCAAUGGCAUCUUUUGGAAUCUCCCGGACACAGUGCACCCCCCUGGCUGUAACCCUGCUGUUAGCACUGGUUCUCCCUCCAGCCCUGGCAAUUGAAGUUUAUACAGACCGCGAAGUAUAUGGUACAGUGGGAUCAAAGAUCACCCUAUCAUGCACAUUCUGGUCAAGUGAAUGGAUCUCAGAUGAUAUCUCUGUGAGCUGGCAUUUCCAACCUGAAAACAGCAGGGACACAUACUCAAUAUUUCACUAUGCCAAGGGUCAGCCCUACAUUGAUGAUGAUGGCAUUUUCAAGGACCGCAUAGAGUGGGUUGGCUACCCAAAGAGCAAGGAUGGGUCCAUUGUGAUCCACAACCUUGAAUACACCGAUAAUGGUACCUUCACCUGUGAUGUGAAGAAUCCACCUGAUGUAGUGGGGAAGUCUUCAUACGUCCACCUGCUCGUCCAUGAUAAAGCCCCAGCCCGUGCAGGAUUGGUUCUAGGCAUCAUUAUCGCAGCUGCUCUAGUCUUGGUUAUUGUGGUGGCAGUUGUCGCUUACCUCAUUCGUUGUUGCUGGGUGAGAAGACAAGCACGUGUAGCAAGGGAACUCAGUGCUCUGGAGAGAGGAAAGCUUCAUAAAUCAUCUAAAGAUUCCAAGCGUAACCGACAGACGCCCAUCCUCUAUGCAAUGCUUGACCAGACCCGGAGCUCCAAGCCAUCCAGUGAUAAAAAGUCCAAGGGAGGGUUGGGGGACUCACGCAAAGAUCGGAAAUAGCAAUUAGCAGGCAGGGAAGGUACACAUAAGGCAGACGAGGAGUCCCCUCGCAGUUCCAAGGUGGUCUACACCAUUGAAAUGGAAAUGAGAGGGGACCAAGAAGGGGAUCAACCCUACAGAGCUGCUGUAAAGUCUCCCAGCAAAAACAGCCUCAAAAACGCCUUAAAGAAUUUAAUCAAAAGUGAUUCAGAAAAACAAACCUAAUUAAUAAAAGAGCAUUGGGGAUUUGGGGGAUUGGGAGGUUUCCUUAAGAAUUUGGAGUUUGCCCAACUAAACGGAUAGCAUUUUAUUUACUUCCCCAAUCAGAUCCUAUAGAAUGAUUCAGCCAUUUCUCUAGUCGAUGAAUAACCAAACUAGAGCAUCAUCUUACUUAUUUAACUAGUGGUCCAUAAGGCUGUGGUUGACCAAUAAUUUGUCUUUGCUUGGCUACCUCAGGUUAUAAAUAUAGAUCAAUAUCUCCUGUGGCUAUAAACGUGAUUUUGUAAGGUCACCAAACACAAAACUCAGGCCAUGUGAAUUGCAGGCGACAAAUAAACAACCCACCCAAGGAUAAGCCAGAUCAUUUGCACUACAGACUGUUCUAAUUCUAUGUCCUAUGAGAAGAAAAAAGAAGUAUUAAACAAAUGAACUCCAACAUCCAAAGAUACCAAGUAAUGUUUUGAUGUGGAAUGCCCCCACAUACUCCCAAAUCCUCAUUGAUUCUAUGGUGCUGUUAAUGCCUUAAAAUAACCUAUUUUUUGUCGAGCAUAUACCAUCGUGUACCUUUCCCUGCGGGAAACUUGCAAGAACUAUCCGAGAAAACAUGGAUUAAAGUAGGACUAGUCUGGGUUACAGAGAAGCUCAACUCAACCACCCCAGGAGUAACUGCAAUGCAAAGAGCAUAGUUUGCUUUCUGGAAAUACACACACAUAGGAAUAAUUAUUAUGGCCAAGGUAAAGACCCAACAGGGUUAAUAGGUAAAUAUAGGAACAUUUCGGAGUCAGUUCCAUUAAGCAGUGAUUGACACAGAAUUCACACCAAACAGGAGGCACUUCAUUUAAAUUCUUCUAGGAUCAAGCAGCAUUUCAAUAACCUAAAAAGUAAAGUUUCAGUAACAUUUGGCAUGAUCUAUUAAGGGUCCACAAAUGCAACAGUCUACAAGAAGUUAUACACCAUGAUUUUUUAUGUUUUUGCUUUCUUAGUUUUCAAGACAAUCUCUAUUCAAUCAUGAAUAGUCUUCCGAAGUUCCUGUUACCCGACUUGGUCAUAUUAAAAUCAGGGGUGUUCAGUCAUGGAUGUCGAGCUCUUGUUGGACUAGAUUUCCCUCAAUUCUCUGGCCGAGAGUCAUGGGUAAUGUAGUCUUACUGCAGCUUAAAAGUAAAGGAAGGACACCCCUGUAUUGAAUUCUGGUCAUUUUCAGCUGCGUUUUGUUCAGGUUAUACUUGCUAGCAAUGCAUUCUGGGACUUGACCUGUGGCAGUGGACAAACAUGGAGUCUUGCCAAGCCAAGCAGCCUUUUUAGAGACUUCCCGGUGUCCUUGGCGAAGAUUGCAUGUCUAUCCAAAAAUUUCACUUCACUGUGAAGGUACAAAUAUUGCCUUUUUUGCCUCUCUCCUGGGCAAUAUUUCUACUGUCUUAACCCCUUUUGCUAUCGAAAUGACAGUAAACGGAGUUAUGUCAUGUGGCCUUUUUAACCUCAAAUUUGCAUGCGAGGCCUGUUAUGCAACAGGUCUAAAACAUGAUUUGGCGUUAAACACGGUCCUUAAAACUGUCCUCAAGUUCUUGCAUGUUAUUUAGUGAGAUAACAGGAACCUAGGGCGGCUGCAAAGGAUACAGUUACUGGUACAUUCCCUGAUUCCUCAAAUAUUCUUGAGUUCUCUGCAGGCCCUGGGUCUGAAGUUAGAUGUAGUUUAAUAUACUUUCUUGAGUUAUUUCUAUGUUGUCGAAACUUGUCCUUUUUUUUGUUUCUCUUUUUUUCCUUUCAUGCUGCACUGUUUUGUCCUUUCAAGCCAAGAAAUGGAGACAAAAUGAAGUUUCUUUGGUUUUGUUCUGUAUUCAUAUAAAUAAAUUAAAAAAACAAAAAUCAAGUAAACAGUUUCUCUUCUACACUGUUACGGCCCUGUGUGAUUAAAAAUUAACUACUUUUACAUUAUUAUUUUUAAUUGCAUGACAUCUCUUUGGGAUUUUCGUCCAGUAGCCUAUUCAAAGUUUAGAAAAAUGAAGCUUGACAUUUUCCAAAUGUUGCAAUGCAUUCUGGGUCAUUUCCACCGCACACCAAGCCUGAACCGCAUUAAAAAAAAAUAUCAUUGUAUUUGCAAACUUGUCAUGGGUAACUUGUGUUUUAUAAUGCCAUGCCAUUGGUAAUGUCCCGGAUCCGAAAAAAGAGGUCAAAUUAAACUGUUGUGUCAACGUAGAAGCAAAGCAUUCUGGGACACACGGAGCAUUGGAAACUAUUACGGCAUAUUGUGGACAAUGUUUUAAGAACUCGACGUACUAAUGGGUCUGCCAUGGGUCUGCCAUGAGCAACGAGAUUUAGAGUGCUUUGUAAACAUCUGUCAAUUGCUUAUUCCAAUUAUCUGUAAAUGCAAUAUCAGCAGACUGAAUUUCUCUCCAUAUCUUACUCCUUUAUCUCUCUCGCUCUCUCUAUAUAUAUAUGUAUGUAUAAAAUGUAUAUAUAAAGGUGUAUAUCCUUCACUCCCCCACAAUGCACACAGCCAAAAACACCAUUAAAAAUGUUAAUAAACACUGACAUUUCUGGGAAA